CGUGGAUUGGUCGAGGGUUUACCAUGACCGUCGGAUGACUUCUUAAAAUUUGUUUGUCAAUAAAACUUGUAAUAAUUAGAUUUUUGAAUCAUUAUUUUACAUGCAACUGAGAGGAAACUGCUAAAAAGCAAUGCCUGCCAGAGUUCCAGAUGAUGCCCCUCAUAUUGGGGAGGAGGAAAAUUCAAGUUUUGCCACCUUUAUCCCAGACAUAUCUCACCAGGAAACCACAACAGAUGAUGUUGUUAUUAGUGGUAUUUCUUGUCGACUUCCAGAAUCUGACAACAUUGAAGAAUUCAGACAACAUUUAAUAAACAAAGAUGAUAUGGUUACCGAUGAUGAAAGGAGAUGGCCACAAGGAUUGUAUGGUUUACCUCCAAGAAAUGGAAAGUUGAAAGAUAUUACAAAAUUUGAUGCAGCAUUCUUUGGUGUCCAUCCAAAACAGGCCAACAGUAUGGACCCCCAGCUGAGGUUAUUGCUUGAAGUUACAUAUGAAUCCAUAAUAGAUUCAGGAGUUAACCCAGAUACCAUAAGAGGAUCUAAGACAGGUGUUUUUAUAGGUUGUAGCGCCUCAGAGGCGCAUGAUGCUUGGUCAUGUGACCCAGAGAAAACCGUUGGUUACAGUAUGACAGGAUGUACCAGAUCAAUGUUUGCCAACAGAUUGUCUUUCUUUUUUGACUUCAAAGGUCCCAGUUUUGCCAUAGACACUGCCUGUUCCUCUAGCUUAUUAGCUAUGGAUCAAGCAUUACACAGCAUUAGACAAGGUCACUGUGAUUCAGCCAUUGUGGGUGGUUGUAAUUUAUGUCUAAAACCAACUACAUCACUACAGUUCCAGAAACUUGGAAUGUUGUCACCAGAAGGAACUUGUAAAUCUUUUGAUGCUUCAGGAGAUGGAUAUUGCAGAAGUGAAGGUGUUGUAGCUAUUUAUUUACAGAAACAAAAUAUUGCCAAGAGAAUAUAUUCCACUAUUGUUAAUUCAAAGACUAACUCUGAUGGCAGCAAAGAACAAGGAAUCACCUUUCCUUCUGGUUACGUACAGAAACAGUUAUUAAAUGACGUCUACAGUGAAGCCUGUAUUGAUCCUGCCUUGGUAGAGUAUGUAGAGGCUCAUGGAACUGGUACUAAAGCUGGUGACCCACAGGAGCUUAAUGCUAUCUGUGAUGUGUUUUGUAAGGACAGGUCAACACCACUUUUGAUUGGUUCUAUCAAAUCUAAUAUGGGCCAUCCAGAGCCUGCUUCAGGUUUGGCAGCAGUAACAAAACUAAUAAUUGGUAUGGAGGACAAACAAAUGCCAGCAAAUCUACACUAUAAAUCACCAAACACUGACAUCCCAGGUCUAACUGAUGGCAGAUUAGAAGUUGUAACAGAAAGAACACCUCUAAAUGGUGGUCUAGUGGCCGUAAAUUCUUUUGGAUUUGGAGGUUCAAAUGUUCAUGCAGUAUUAAAACCAAAUGUUGACAGAGACACUAAUGCCUGUGAUCUAUCUAAAAGACUUUUUCUGUAUUCUUCAAGAACAAAACAGGGUUUAGAGAAAUUUCUCUCAUCAGCCGAGGAGCAAAGCAAAGACAUUCAUUUUCAUUCUCUACUGAAUGGAUCAAGGAACUGCAAUCAUAUGUACAGAGGUUAUAGUGUUCUUAAUGCAGAAAACAAAAUUCAAGAAAUUCAGUCAGUACCACAAGAUGAGAAACGUCCAGUUUGGUUUGUCUUUGCUGGCAUGGGAACUCAAUGGUGCGGUAUGGGUAAAAUGAUGAUGGUGGUUCCUAAAUUUAAGAAGUCUAUAUUGAAGUCUGAUGGAGUGCUAAGAGUAUAUGGUGUAGAACUUUACAAGUUAUUGACGGAAGGGACAGAGGAGGAUUUUAAUGAUACAAUCAAUUCUUUUGUUGGGAUUGCUGCAAUACAGGUGGCAUUGGUUGAUGUUAUUUUGGCCAUGGGUAUCAACCCAGAUGGUAUAGUUGGACACUCAGUAGGAGAAUUGGGAUGUGCCUAUGCUGAUGGUUCUCUCACAUCAGAAGAGGCUGUUCUUGCAGCUUACUGGAGAGGUAGAUGUAUCAAAGAGGCAAAAUUGCCACCAGGUGGCAUGGCAGCUGUUGGUUUGUCAUGGGAAGAAGCCAGACAACAAUGCCCACCAGGUGUUGUACCUGCCUGUCAUAAUUCAGAAGAUACAGUUACAGUAUCAGGACCUGCAGCUGCAGUAUCAGAGUUUGUUAAAGAACUUAAGGGGAGACAAAUCUUUGCCAAGGAAGUCAACAGUUCUGGUGUAGCCUUCCAUUCUUAUUACAUGGCACAAACAGCACCAACACUUAAAUCUGCUUUAUUAAAUAUAAUUGUUCCUAAACCAAGAAGCAAGAAGUGGAUAAGUUCAUCUAUCCCAGAAUCCAACUGGCACUCAGACCUAGCCAAAUAUUCAUCUGCUGAGUAUCAUGUCAACAACUUAGUUAGCCCUGUUCUGUUCCAGGAGGCCCUGAAACAUGUACCUCACAAUGCUGUUGUCAUAGAGAUAGCACCUCAUUGUUUACUUCAGGCCAUUUUGAAGAGAUCUCUUGGACCAAAGUGUACUUUUGUUGGACUAAUGAAAAGAGGUCAUCAGGAUAAUGUAGAAUUCUUCCUGACGAGUCUUGGAAAAUGCUUCCUUAAUGGAGUGAACAUGGACCCAUUAAAGCUUUGUAAUCCAGUUAAAUUUCCAGUACCUAAAGGAACCCCAAUGAUUUCUCCCUUGGUAGGAUGGGAUCAUGAAGUAUCGUGGGAUGUACCGGCAGCUGAAGAUUUCCCAACAGGGACAUCAGGAUCACAUGGUGGUGCCACCUAUGAAAUUGACAUUUCAUCAAAUUCUCCUGACAAUUAUCUGAUUGGUCAUACCAUUGAGGGGCGUGUUCUGUUCCCUGCUACUGGUUACUUAGUAUUAGCCUGGAGAUCACUUGCUAAGAUGAAAGGUUACAUGUAUGAUGAAAUGCCGGUCAAGUUUGAGAAUGUCAAUAUAUACAGAGCCACUAUUUUGCCAUCUGAAGGCAAAGUAAAGUUGAAAGUGAAUAUAAUGGAAUCAUCGGGAUCUUUCGAAAUCACAGAGAGUGAUACAUUAGUAUGUAGUGGAAGUAUAUCAGUGUUAUCUGCCCCUGUUGAGACGGUGGACCGGAACCAAGAGGAAGAAUUACCUCUGACAUCAUCUGAUGUGUAUAAGGAGUUGAGGCUCAGGGGAUAUGAUUAUGGACCGGACUUUAGAGGCAUUCUACGAACAAAUAUUGAAGGUGACACGGGUGAAUUGUUAUGGAAUGGUAACUGGGUGUCGUACAUAGAUACCAUGCUACAGAUGUCAAUAUUGGGCGUGUCUGAUGGUUGUCUCAGGCUACCCACCAGGAUUACUGCCAUGUCUGUGGAUCCCACCAUCCAGGAGAACCAUGUGUAUCAAACAAAUGAUGGCCACAGUGUGACGUUUGUAAAAAUUGACAAAGAUCUCAACACUUGUAAUUCUGGUGGAGUUGAAAUUCUUGGUCUCCAUGCCACAGUGGCACCACGGCGGCAUCAACAAGCUGAACCAGUGCUGGAGGAAUAUUGUUUUGUGCCCUAUACGUGCAAUAACCUUAUAAACAAUGAUCACCAAAAAUAUAUAAAUAGCUGUUCUGCUUAUGCUGUUAAUAGGCUUAUGAUGAGGUGUAACAAUAAAUUGAACCACUCAAAAGUUGACCCUGUUAAAAUCUUCUUGGAACAACUGGAGAAUGGAAAUUUCAUGUCUGAAAAUGCUGCUGAAUUUGAACAAUUAGAUGGCGAUUUAUAUUUGAAAUUAAGAAGCAUUUUUGAGGAACUUGAUGAUAGUGGAAUCGAAAAUGGACAUUUAGAUUCAGAAGUUGAUAUGAGUUCCUUAAUGUCUCAUCCGGAAAUACUCAAACCUUGUUUAGACAUUGUCAUUGAAAAUAGUCUGUCUCACUCAUUCAAUAUUCUAGAAGUUGGUGCCAGCAGAAGAUCAAUGUAUGAUAACAUCGUCCCAUUGGUCAAUUCUCAACCAAUGAUAAAUGUCGCUUAUUCUGUAGCUGAUAAAAAGGGCAAUGAAAUGGAGAAUUCUGAGCAUGAUUUAGAUUUUGUCGAAUGGGAUAUUACAUCAAAUCCUCCUUCAGAUUUGAAAAAAGUUGACAUUUUAGUUGCCAGGAAUGUUCUUCAUAAAGAAAGCAAUAUUGCAAAAACAUUAUCAAAUCUGUCGUCUGCAAUUACAGGAAAUGGCUUUAUUCUGAUAGAAGAAAUAACAAAUAAUUUUCCUAUAGCGUUUUCUGUAGACCAACUUUGGCAAGAUGUACUUCAAAUUGAUGAUGAACGUAGCUGCUACUGCUAUUGUUCUGAGCAGCAAUGGUGCAAGAUAUUUGAAGAAGCUGGAUACGAAAUAAUUUUCAAACGUUCUUCUCAUUUGUCCACAUUGUUCUUGGUCCGUCCAAGUAGAAAUGCUAUUAAAGACGUGGUAAAAGAAGUUCUUGUUGAUGAUUUGAAUGGCUCCUGGUUUAAUACCAUGAAACAGGAAGUGAUGAAUGUACAAGACAAGAAUCUUUGGAUGUUUGUGAACUCUGAACCUUUGAAUGGAAUUAUGGGAAUGUUUAACUGUCUGAAGCAGGAACCUGGUGGAGAAAAGUUGAGGUGUAUUUUCAACUGUGAUAAGACUAUGCUGGAUGUUUCAGUAGAAAACGAAAAUUUUAAACAACUUAAACAAAAAGACCUGAUGGUAAAUGUUCAUAAAAAUGGAGAAUGGGGAUCUUUCAGACAUCUCCCAAUAAAGAAAGAAAUAUUACACAAUAAAAAGCCAUGUCAACAUGCAUACAUCAAUGUACAGACAAAAGGAGAUUUAUCGAGUCUAACCUGGAUUGAAUCCCCACUCAAGUUCUACAGAGGAGAUGACACCAAGCAUCUUUGUCAUGUCCAUUAUGCAGCAUUGAAUUUCAGAGAUGUGAUGUUAGCAACAGGCAGACUUCCAGCUGAUGCUAUCCCAGGGGACCUUGCAGCACAAGAUUGCAUUCUGGGAAUGGAGGUAUCAGGAGUUGAUGAAACAGGGAAAAGAGUUAUGGGACUUGUUCCAGCAAAGGGGCUUGCCACAACAAUAGAUGUCAGUAAGAAGUUUCUAUGGUCUGUACCUGACAACUGGUCUUUAGACGAUGCAGCCACAGUACCUGUAGUCUAUACAACAGCAUACUAUGCUUUGGUUGUAAGGGGCAGGAUAAAACCUGGUAAUCGAGUUCUUAUCCACUCUGGUAGUGGAGGAGUUGGACAAGCUGCUAUAUCUAUAGCCCUGCACCAUGGCUGUGAAGUAUUUACAAGUGUUGGAUCAGCAGAAAAGAAGGCAUAUCUACAACAACAAUUUCCCCAGCUUUCUGAUAAGCAUUUCACUAAUUCAAGGUCAACUGACUUCGCCUCACAUAUAAUGAAAGUGACAAAGGGAAAAGGUGUUGAUGUGAUCCUUAAUUCAUUGUCCGAAGAGAAGCUGCAGGCAAGCAUAAGAAUUCUAGCUCAGCAUGGAAGAUUCUUAGAAAUUGGAAAAUUUGAUCUAUCCAAUAAUACUCCUUUGGGAAUGGCUGUUUUCCUGAAGAAUAUCAGUUUCCAUGGUAUCUUGUUGGAUGCUUUGUUUGAAGACGAUAACCAGGACUGGUUAGAAGUAUCUCAGUUAUUGACCAAGGGGAUACAAUCCGGAGCAGUCAGACCUCUCAAGUCAACAGUGUUCAGCAACACACAAGUGGAAGAAGCGUUCAGAUUCAUGGCACAAGGAAAACAUAUAGGAAAAGUUCUUAUAAAGGUUCAAGAUGAAUCUACAAAUACCACCAUUCCAGUGAUUCCUGCUCUACCUAGGAGUUACUGUGACCAGAAUAAAUCAUACAUUAUAACAGGAGGACUUGGAGGAUUUGGUUUAGAAUUGAGCCAAAGGCUGAUCGAUAGAGGAGCCAGGAAUCUUGUCCUCACAUCCAGAUCUGGAGUCAAGACAGGGUACCAGGCUAGGAAACUAGAAAAAUGGAGACGUAAAGGGAUCAAUGUUAUGAUCUCGUCACGUGAUAUUGUGGAUAAACUAGCUGCUACUAAACUUAUUGAGGAAUCAACUAAAUUAGGACCUGUGGGAGGAGUCUUCCAUUUAGCUAUGGUGUUGCAAGAUGGAUUCUUAGAAAAUUUGACAAAAGAUAACUUCGAUGCAGUUUGCAAACCAAAAGUUUCUGGAACAAUCAAUUUAGAUAAAGCUACUAGACAACUUUGUAACAACAGUUUGGAUUGGUUUGUUGUUUUCUCAUCUGUGAGCUGUGGGCGUGGCAAUGCUGGUCAAUCAAAUUAUGGAUAUGCUAAUUCUGUUAUGGAAAGAAUUUGUGAAGAUAGAAAAGAAAAUGGAUUUCCAGGUUUAGCUAUACAGUGGGGUGCCAUUGGAGAUGUGGGUGUAGUUUUGGAAACCAUGGGAACCAAUGAUACAGUAAUUGGUGGUACUUUACCACAGAGGAUGACCUCAUGUUUGAACGUCUUGGACCAGUUUUUAAACCAGUCACAGCCUGUUGUGUCUAGUUUUGUGCCAGCAGAGAAACAACUGAAGAAUGUGUCAUCAAGUAAUGCUCAAGGCAAUCUUGUAGAAGCUGUGUGUCAUAUAUUAGGUGUUAAAGAUCCAUCUUCAAUAAAGGCAGAUACCAGUCUUGGUGAUUUAGGACUAGAUUCACUGAUGGGAAUAGAAGUCAAACAAACCCUUGAAAGAGAUUUUGAUAUUUCUUUGUCUAUGAGAGAAAUAAGACAACUGACCAUAUCCAAAUUGAAGGAACUGGCAUCCCCUAGUGGUACCUCUGAUAAAAGUGGCAAGGAGCAGUCUCCUGAUUCACAGAGAAAUUAUAUCCAUAGAUUUAACAUGGAUUCCUUGGUGCCAACAGAAAGUCUUGUCCUCAUGAAGAAAGUGGAAGGCAGCAGUAAAACAAUAUUUUUGGUUCAUCCAAUUGAAGGGGACAUAACCAGUUUACAGGAAGUAGCUAGUCGUAUGACAUGUACAGUUUAUGGUCUGCAAUGUACAAAACAUGUGCCAGUAGAAUCUGUGUCUGCCAUGGCUUCUUAUUAUAUUCAGCAAUUAAAAACAGUACAACCCAAAGGACCUUACUUCAUUGGUGGAUAUUCCUUUGGUACAAUGGUUGCCAUGGAGAUGACUCUUCAAAUGGAAUCGGAACACACAGUAACACACCUGUAUUUAUUGGAUGGGUCACACACUUUUGUAUCAACACACACUGGUGCUCACAGGAAUGCCAAAACUAUUGACAACCAGAAUGCAGCUGAAACUGCAGCCUUGAUGGCAUUCUUAGAGAUGUUUUUACCAGGACAAAAUGCUGAGGUCUUCCAAAAACUCCUAGCACAGCCAGACACCGACAACAGAAUGCAGUUUACUUCUGAAAUACUGAUGGCAACAAAAUUAUUUAAGAGUCAAGAUGAUAUAAAGAUGGCUGCCAGGGGAUUUUUGCAAAGGUUGAUCAUAUCAGAGAUGUAUAGGCUUGAUGGAAUGAUUAAGUGUGAAGUGAAGUUGUUAAAAGCGGGAACAAACUCUGAUGAUUCUGCUACUGAGGAUUAUGGUGUACAGCAGGUAUGCGUGAAGAAAAUAGCCAUUCAUAAAGUUCCAGGAGAUCACGAGACAUUUGUCAGGGGAGAUAAUUCCAAAAUAACAGCAUUACACAUCAAAUGAGCCGUGUAACAACUAUGGUGUU